AUGACUGCUGCCCUGAAUGGGACGUUCAACUCGGCCCCUGACACACCGUCUCCCAUUUACCCCGAUCGUUUGAUUCGUCCUCUGCCAAAACGAACCCUCCGCUCUCGCCUCUCCACCGACGCGGCCGACACCAUCCUUUACCCACCCACCCCGCCCGCAUCCCAAAUCUUCUACGGUGUCUCUGGCGAUUCGGACGAAGCUGUGAACGACUCCAAGGUUUAUGUGCAGCAGAACCUUGAGGCGGAACGACAAGAAUUGACGCCAGAAGCUGACCCUCACCAUGCCUUUGAUCAAGCGCUAGAGCUGGAGAGCGGAGACGAGGACGGUCCAGCAGUGGUCCGUCGAAGUGCUGGAUUCCGGACUUCGGCGUCACCGAGACCGUCCCCCCAAACCCCCGCUGGACCCGACGGAUACGACGCUUUUGAAAACACCAAUAACAAGAAGAAACGGAAAAUCCCCACCCCAGGUAACCUAGGUGGGCACCACUCAACAUUAUCGCCAGAGUUUGCAAACAUGGGCUUGUCCAACUCACGCGAGCCCUCUGCAGCACCGAGCGAAGGAAUGGAUACCGGAACACUCCACGGAACUGGGAAUCCAGGAUCUCCCGUCACCAGUGGGAUCUCGGGGUCGGGCAGGGGUCGACUGGGUCGUUUCAUUCCUCGAAGCACCUCCAGUCGAACUCCACUGUCUGCAAACGCCCAAAAUGCGUGGAUGACUGCUCGCACUCCAACCCGGCGAGAUGGCUUGAUGUCGUCUCCCGGCCCUUCAGGUAGUUCUCCCCAGCCACCACGCCGGGAAGAUGAAGAUUUUGUGUUUGGUACUGACGGUUAUCAUUCCGAAGGCGAGCCUUCUGACCAGGGCAUCAUAUCCACUGCGAUCGCCAACGCCGCUUCCCUCUCUCCUCCCACUCGUGGUCUAAGCAAUGUCAGUCUUCUGGACCAAGAGAACACCACCCCCACCAAGACGCAGUUUACCUUCACAUGCGAGUCCGAUUCAUCGAAAGGGAUGGCCAUGCAGCGAAUUCCUUACUCCGUUCCCAACCGGUCUCCGACGUCACCGCUUGCUCCCGCGUCUCACAAUCCCCGAGGCUUCUCUGCCCAAGGCACACAAACAAGUCCUAGCAUAGCUCCAAACGGACCUCCAGGCUCCCAACCUCCAGCGGAAGGAGAUCAAGCUCCUUCGACUCGUAAGAAGAAACGGUCACCAGCCACCGUCUAUGCGAUGGCUGCUCGUCAGCGCAAAAUCCAACAGCAGUACACCAACAUCCAUCACCCUCCCAAUUUGGAAGAUAUCUGGAUCUGCGAGUUUUGCGAAUACGAAAGCAUCUUCGGCCAUCCCCCAGAAGCUUUGAUACGCCAAUACGAGAUCAAAGAUCGAAAGGAACGAAAGCGACUGGCAGAGAAGAAGCGACUCUUGGAGAAGGCUAAGAUGAAGGGCCGUAAGACCAAGAAGGCCCCGAAGAACUCAAGAGGUGCUCCCCACGGAGGCUACGACCGCGCCUCUGUCGACCAUUCUUCCGCAACGGGGUCUGGGCUUCACGAGGAUGAGUACCACGAAUAUGAGGAGGAGCCUGAGACCCCGGUGUCUAAGCCUCCUUCGCCAACCUCGCUGAAGCCGUCCCUCCCACCCCCGGGUAAUCCAAAGGUGUUCCCAGGAACCAACGUUAAGGGCUCCGCAGAUGCUGGGGCAAGUCGGCCGGCCUGA